AACAAUUGACUUGGUUUGUGUUUGGUGACGCGAUCGCAAGCAUUUUGUUCAUGUUCAGAACCGUCCGCGGCUCGGUUUCAGUCUCGGCGUUUGUUGCAAUGCCCACGGGCAUUAAAAUUCGUUCGUUAUGAAAUACAGUAUCAUUUGAAUAAAUAAGCGAACAGAUUUCACACAGGAAGUAAGAACAGAUAAACCCAGAGCAAAUAUCGUCGAAAUAUUCCACGUUCACGUUGAAAAUCGAUUAACAAGGUUUAAGUUUGGUUUGUUUCGCGUUUAAUGUAUCGUGUUGCAACUUAUUUAAGUUUUAUUAUGGUUUUAUCGAGUCCAGCUUGAAAUUCGAGUGUGAUCAGAAGCAUUGUUAAAGUGUUAUCGUGCAAAGAAAUAUCUACAGAGAAUUCUAGAUUUUUAAUACGUUGACGUAGUUUUAAAGAAAACACCCUCAAAAUGGGGUCCAUGUUCCGGAGUGAAGAAAUGGCGCUCGCCCAGUUGUUCAUACAACCGGAAGCUGCCUAUAUGUCGAUGUCAGAGAUGGGCGAAAUCGGCAUUGUUCAAUUUCGAGAUUUAAACGAAGACGUGAAUGCAUUUCAACGUAAAUUCGUCAAUGAAGUCCGCCGUUGUGACGAAAUGGAGCGCAAGUUGCGCUAUAUUGAAGUAGAGGUCCGCAAAGACGACGUCCACAUUCCCGACGUACAGGAGUUGCCAAAAGCGCCCAAUCCCCGUGAAAUAAUCGAUUUGGAAGCGCACCUUGAGAAGACCGAAGGAGAAAUCAAGGAACUAUCCGAUUCAGCCGUCAGUCUAAUGUCUAACUUUUUGGAGCUGACCGAACUGAAGAAAGUUCUCGAGAAAACCGAACCGUUUUUCCUGGAACAAGAAGAAACCAACGGCUUGGACUCUGUCCACAAAGCGCUGAUCCCUGAAGACGGCCAUAAUGUUUCCAUCCGUGGACGUUUGGGUUUUGUCGCCGGGGUGGUUCAACGCAACAGAGUGCCGGCAUUCGAGCGUAUGUUGUGGCGUAUAUCCAGGGGUAACGUUUUUCUACGCCAGGCUGAGAUUGAUGAACCUCUGAAGGACCCCACUACUGGUCAUGAGAUCUACAAGACCGUAUUCGUCGUCUUCUUCCAAGGUGAGCAACUGAAGAGUCGUAUCAAGAAGGUAUGCGCUGGUUUUCACGCUACGUUGUACCCUUGCCCGAGUACCACCGUCGAACGCAAGGAGAUGUUCACCGGAGUGAAGACCCGCCUUGAGGAUUUGAACAUUGUACUCAAUCAGACCCAGGAUCAUCGUACUAGAGUGUUGGGGACGGUUGCCAAGGAGUUGCAGAACUGGAGCGUGAUGGUGCGCAAGAUGAAGGCAAUUUAUCACACGUUGAAUUUCUUCAAUAUGGAUGUAACCAAGAAGUGUCUUAUUGGAGAAUGCUGGGUUCCGGUGAAGGAUAUUGCCAUUGUACAAAAGGCACUAACUGAUGGUUCGUCUGUGAGUGGUUCAUCAAUUCCAUCAUUCAUGAACGUGAUCGACACCUCCGAGAACCCGCCGACUUUCAACCGAACGAACAAAUUCACUCGUGGCUUCCAGAAUUUGAUUGACGCUUACGGUAUUGCUUCCUAUCGGGAGGUCAAUCCAGCGCUCUACACCAUCAUCACAUUCCCGUUCCUCUUUGCUAUUAUGUUUGGUGAUGCCGGUCACGGUGUGAUUCUCUUCUUGUUUGGGUUAUACAUGUGCUUGUGGGAGAAGAGUCUCGCCCAGAAAAAGAUCAGCAGCGAGAUUUGGACCAUUUUCUUUGGCGGUCGAUACAUUAUCCUCUUGAUGGGUUUGUUCUCCAUCUACACGGGCAUAUUGUACAACGACGUUUUCUCCAAGAGUGUGAACAUAUUUGGCAGUAGCUGGGUGGAUAUGAUCAACACAAAAAAAUACAAUUUUACAUUUGUCAACGCCAGCGAAACUUUAACGUUUGAUCCCAAGGACGACUACUCCGAUGUGCAAUAUCCGCUCGGCCUUGAUCCUGUCUGGCAGGUCGCCAAAAACAAAAUCAUCUUCCUGAACACCUACAAAAUGAAGAUGUCCAUCGUCGUCGGUGUCAUACACAUGGUCUUUGGUGUUUGCAUGAGUGUCGCCAACUUUGUCCAUUUUAAAAAGAAGGAGAACAUUUUACUGGAUUUUAUUCCGCAAAUACUCUUCCUGCUCUGUUUGUUCUUCUGGAUGGUCGUAAUGAUGUUCAUCAAGUGGUUUAAAUAUGGCGCCCGUAAUUCAGCUCUGUCAUCACCAUUCUGCGCACCUUCGGUGCUCAUCCUCUUUAUUAACAUGAUGUUGUUCAAGGAGUCAGACCCACCCAAGGACAAAGAUACUACAUGUGAGAUAUUCAUGUUUGAGGGUCAGAAUGAGGUGCAGAUGGCACUGGUAUUCAUUGCAUUGCUUUGCGUGCCGGUGCUACUGCUCGGAAAACCGUUUUACAUUAUGUGCACAAAGAAAUCCAACGCGCACAAGUCCAACACCAAUGGCGAUAUCAACCAGGGCAUGGAACUGCAGCCGGAGGUGGUGGAGGAGGCAAAACCUUCCGGGGAGCAUCAUGAUCACGAGGAUGAGCCGAUGAGCGAAAUUUUCAUUCAUCAAGCUAUCCAUUGCAUUGAGUACGUCCUAAGUACCGUCUCCCACACUGCAUCAUACCUUCGUCUGUGGGCUUUGUCUCUUGCUCACGCACAAUUAUCUGAAGUAUUAUGGACCAUGGUGCUCAGUAUGGGUCUUGGGUCAGACAGCUACGUCGGUUCCAUUAUGUUAUAUUUGGUGUUUGCCGCCUGGGCUGUGUUGACUCUUGGCGUCUUGGUGAUGAUGGAAGGUCUCAGUGCCUUUUUGCAUACUCUGCGUCUUCACUGGGUCGAGUUCAUGAGCAAAUUCUACUCUGGUCUUGGUUAUCCCUUCCAACCCUUCAGCUUCAAGGUUGUCUUAGAAGAAGAGGAAGAAGGAGAAGAAUAAAAAUGCUUAAAUUGCUUUGAAGAAGAGAAACUAUGCGUAAUAAACCUAUUGUGCUGGCAUUUAUUUUAUCGUAGUCGAUUUUAGUUGUGUUGAUUUUAUUAGUAAACUUUCAUCAGCA